AUGGCUGACACCACUGCCGGCGGUGGGAAGCACGUUUUUCAGGGCAACAGGGACGCAAAUGGCGUGAAGACCAACACCAUUGACCCACCGAUAGUGACGCGAUUUAUCAGACUCAUGGCAGUUACAUGGCGUUUUUGGGGGAUAGCGUUUCGUCUGGAACUUCUCGGCAACUUCGACUUUAAAGUCAUCCACAAUGCAGACGAUGCCAAGCUCAUCAGUGAUCCCGUAUUCAGUGAGUUCUAUAACCUCUGGGUCAGAGGUGACAUCGCCAUUUUCCACCGAAUACGAUCCAAAGACACUGACGGUAACGAAUCGUCUCCCCGGCCUGACGAAACGCCGAGUACAGACAGAAUCUACAACAAUGCGAUCAUGUUCACAGCCAAUGACGAUUCUUCUAACAACGGCAAUGUUUCAAUUGGCCAAUCACAUGGAACCACCUACGCUAAUGCCACAUUUGACCAAUCAGAAGAAACGAUGAGCAACGGCCCAUAUCCCUACGCCACAAUUGGUGAUGUCAUCACUGGCCAAUCAGAGGAAACUGACGACACCAUCUACACGUAUGUUCAAGACGAGUCCUACUCUCCUCGACCCACCAUGAAACCGCCGCUGUGCAUGAUCCUACUACUUCUUUUACAAGUCCGCUUCAUGAUGCUGGUUACAGCCACAGAUUGUCGCUCUGCACUUGGAGUGGAAUCAGGGGUCAUAACAGACGACCAGAUCUCGGCGUCAUCUUCAUGGAGUAGUCAAUAUCAACCCCGGGAAGCUCGUCUUAACAACCUAAACGCAUGGUCUCCCAACAGCGACUCUACUAGCGAGUGGUUACAGGUUGAUAUGCUUGAGAGAACGUCAAUAACGGGAAUUCAGACUCAGGGACAUAGGUACUUUGUCACGUCUCAUUUUGUCACGUCUCAUUAUGUGACAUCUUACAAACUUAUUUACUCUAAUGAUGGAAUCAACUGGAACAUCUUUCAGGAAAAUGGAUCAGACAAAGUUUUUCAAGGCAACAGGGACGCAAAUGGCGUGAAGACCAACACCAUUGACCCACCGAUAGUGACGCGGUUCAUCAGACUCAUGGCGGUUAGAUGGCAGGUGGCGAUAGCGUUUCGUCUGGAACUUCUCGGGUGUGAGCUAGAAUAUUGUCGCUCUGCUCUUGGAGUGGAAACAGGGGUCAUAACAGACGACCAGUUCUCGGCGUCAUCUUCAUUUAGUAGUCAAUAUCAACCCCGGGAAGCUCGUCUUAACAGCCUAAACGCAUGGUCUCCCAGCAGCGACUCUACUAGCGAUUGGUUACAGGUUGAUAUGCUUGAGAGGACGUCAAUAACAGGAAUUCAGACACAGGGACAUAGGUACUUUGGCAGGUCUUAUUAUGUGACAUCUUACAAACUUAUUUACUCUAAUGAUGGAAUCAACUGGAACAUCUUUCAGGAAAAUGGAUCAGACAAAAUCUUUGAAGGUAACAGUAACGGAGAUGGCGUGAAGACCAACUACAUUGACCCACCGAUAGUGACGCGGUUCAUCAGACUGAUGCCGGUUACAUGGGAGAGGGUAAUAGCGUUUCGUCUGGAACUACUCGGGUGUGAGCUAGAAUAUUGUCGUUCUGCUCUUGGAGUGGAAUCAGGGGCUAUAAGAAACAACCAGUUCUCGGCGUCAUCUUCAGUUAGUGAUAGUUGGCAACCAUGGGAAGCUCGUCUGAACAGCGGCAGAGCCUGGAUGCCAAGCAGCUUCUCUACUAGCGAGUGGUUACAGGUUGAUCUGCUCAAGAGGAUGUCAAUAACAGGAAUUCAGACUCAGGGACAAGCGUCCUUCCGCUUCUUGCAUCUUGUGACAUCUUACAAACUUUUGUACUCUGACGAUGGAACAGACCUCAACUGGAACACUUUUCAGGAAAAUGGAUCAGACAAAAUUUUUGAAGGUAACAUCGAUAUCAUGGACCCAGAUAUCGUGAAGACCAACUACAUUGAUCCACCGAUAGUGACGCGUUUCAUCAGACUGAUGCCGGUUACAUGGGGUAGGUGGUGGAUAGCGCUUCGUCUGGAACUUCUCGGGUGUGAGCUAGAAUCUAACACAACAUCAGCCGCACCCCCAACAACUGAAACGUUACCCACUACGUAUUUACUGAGUUCCACUAAGAAAACAACUACGUCAGCGGCCCCACAAAGGUCAACAUCGACAUCAAUAAGCUCUGGGCCAGAGGUGACAUCGCCGUCAUCUACCAAUACGAGUGACGGGUCAACUGACAAGCCAGCUGGAACUACAUCAGGUAAAGAGAUAGUAAAUCCAUAG